CUCCUAUUCAGUGAAAUUACAUAUCCUCCCCUAUUGUCAGAGGAUAAAGACAGACACAGGUUGGUGCUAGCAUAUGCUAUGUAGCCCAACAGGGAAAUCAAUUGCAUUUAAUCAUAAGGGCCGAGUUUCCCUUCACCUAUGGUGAAAGAAAAAUUUUCUUCAACAUGGCCAUUGGUAAUUGGUAAUAGCAGAUUGCAUUAGGGAGGGGUAAUUUCAUAAAUAGGGAUAGGAAUGUAAUGAUGACAGCGGACAUCAAUCAUGAGGCCACAUCACUUGUCAAAAAAGAAUUAUUCCUUUACAAUAGGGGAAGGAAAACUUAAUCCACUAUUAAAUUGGGACCAAGCAUUCCUUCAAUCAUGGUCAAGGGAGAACCUUUGAAUGGUGUACAUACAGUAUCAUACAAUAGUGAGGGAUAUUAUUGAUCAUUCCUAAACAAGGGUAGAUAUUUAUGGCCAUUGAUGGCUGUAAGAGAGGUGCUUUGAAGGAAAACUUUCUCCAUGGUUAUCUAUGUUUUGCUAAGACUGGACUAAUUGAUUUCUAAAUAAUGAUGUAAGGGUACUCGAAAGCAAGAACAAAUUUUCUUUAUCUAUCGAACUGGAGAUCCAACCCGGAUUCAUCCAUUAGUAAAAUCGUAUCUCAUCAGAAUUUCAGAUAAGAUUUAUAAAGGAAAGAAGUUAAAGGAGCUUUACUUAACACACACAGGACAGCAUAUGCCUGGCUUUUGCUCCUUUCAAACUAAGACAACAAAAGUCCAGUUUUCGUGUUUGACUUUGAUUAGACUGCCUGGUUUUAUUGAAUUUUCAAUAGGAUGACGUAAUGGCACGCGCAAGCAUCACAAAUUUCACUCUGAUGGCUUCAGAUAUGUGCAUCUUUUCUAUCAAAGAUCAUUACAAAUAGGUUCCUAAGCCUAAGCAUAUCUGUGCAAUGAGCAACUAGAAUAGCAUUUUGCCCAGACUUGAGUUUGCCCAGCUCCAUCAGUUCUCAUCAUCAAACAUGACAGGCACCACCACAAAUUCUGCAUCAAAGAGAUUGGCAGUUGUUACAGGAGCCAAUAAGGGGAUUGGAUUGGAGAUAUGUCGCCAGUUAGCCUCAAAUGGUGUAGCAGUGGUUUUAACAGCAAGAGAUGAGAAGAAGGGUAUUGAAGCUGUUGAGAAGCUCAAAGGGUAUGGACUAUCUGAUGUGGUUUUCCAUCAGUUGGAUAUGAAGGACCCUGCUAGUAUUGCUUCCCUUGCUCAUUUCAUCAAAACCCAGUUUGGAAAGCUUGAUAUCUUGGUGAACAAUGCAGGUGUCUUUGGAGUCAAAUUAGAUGAUGCUGCUUAUAGAGACCUGAUGGCAGUGGAUGAUUCUCCAGAAACAAAGAUAGCUAAAUUUAGACAAAUGGUAAGGCAAACUUAUGAGACAGCUGAAGAAUGUCUACAAGUAAACUACUAUGGCACCAAAAGAGUGACUGAAGCACUUUUUCCUGUCCUCCAGCUAUCUGAUUCGCCGAGAAUUGUAAUGGUUUCUUCCGCUGCAGGGAAGCUACAGAAAAUCUCACACACCUGGGCCAAGGAAGUGUUAAGUGAUAUUGAUGGCCUCACAGAAGAGAGAGUGGAUGAAGCACCGAACAAGUUUCUAAAGGAUUUUAAGGAUACUCAAGGCUGGCCUGCCUCUGAUAUGUCCAAAGCAGCUUUGAAUGCUUACACAAGGGUUCUAUCAAAAAAGUUUCCCAAAUUCCGGAUAAAUUGUGUCUGCCCAGGUUAUGUCAAAACUGACUUUAACCUCAACACAGGGAUAUCUACUAUUGAAGAAGGUGCAGCAGGUCCUGUUAAGUUGGCUUUGUUGCCCGAUGAUGGACCUUCUGGGCUAUUCUUUUUCCAGAAGGAAGUGACUUCUUUUGAUUGAAUAUUGCUCAAGAUUCCUUCUGCGCUGUUCUUGUUCCAGAAGUACUGUUCUUAUUUUGGUUGAAUGUUGUUCAAGAUCGUCUUCCUGAGAGAGAAUGAAGCUGGAAUGAACUUGUUUCCAUACAUUGUUCUUUGUUUCUAUGUAUUAAGCAUUUGUCCAAUGAUAAAAUGAAGAAAGGUACAAUUGGUACUGAACCAAA